CGUUUAUAUUUAGAAACCGUAAAGAUUUCAAUAGCUUUAACAUUUGUAGUUUUCCUUAAGUACGCUUUCUUAAGUUCAACAUUGUGCGUGUAAGACUGGUUGAGAGAAUUAUUAAAGACAUGUUACUAUUCCUCUUAUACAGUACCGCCUUUGGACUAGUGGUUUGUCAACAAGACAGUAAUGAAGUAGCAUUCUCGGCUGGUCUCACACAUGAUAUUGCCAUCCUGCAUGCAGAGAAAGUAGUUUACGACAAAGUGUUCACUAAUGUCGGGGGAGGAUAUGAUAAUACAUCUGGCAAUUUCAAUUGUCCUGUAUCGGGCGUAUACGUAUUUCAGUUCCACGCACUUGCACACCAGGACAAAUCUACGUGGCUAGAGCUGUACCACAAUGCUUACUAUAUCGCAUCAAUCUACGGUCAUACUGUUAACGAUUAUGCCAGUGGCGGCAAUUCUGUCAUUCUGAAACUAUCCAAGGGGGACCAGGUGUACGUAAAGGCUGUAGAUAACAGCUAUGGUACAGACACGAAUAUGUAUGGUAGACCAGACGAGAUCUACUCAACAUUUAGUGGCUAUCUAAUUGCACCGAUUUAUGAGGAAAUACCUACUGUCGGUUGAUAAAUAUCCAAUAUGAAAACCCUGAAGAUCGGAGUUAAUAAAACAAUGUAAACUGUUUAUAA